AUGGUAGACAACCAACUCAACCCGGCGGAUUCACCUUCGGUCCCACAUGACGCCGGCCGCUCCAAUGAAGGCAGUAAGGGACACAAUGGGCUGCUGCCCGACCAACUCCAACGGCCUAGCGAAAUCAGCAAUCAAGAUGUGGACAUGGUUGACUCGUCGCAGGGUGCAACCUUAGAUCUCACGCCUAAUUCUACUUCUGCCUGGCAACAAACUGUGUCAGACCCAACCCCUUCCGCGUUAAAAGCAUCCGCAGAGCCUGUCUCAAAGGAGCCGCAGUAUCAUGAGCAGCCUUACCCUCCAUUUGCCCGGGGUAAUACGAUAGGAGACUCUGUCUCCGUUGAGGAGAGAGGCAGGAUAUGGCAGAACUACAAACCCGACAAGUACUUCUUGCCCAACGAUGCCAUUGAGCAAGAUCGUCUUGACUUUGCCCAUAAGUCGUAUUCCAUGAUCCUCAAUCUGAUGAAAGGGGCGGACGCCUACGCAGACCCUGAUGACGCUCUUUCUUUAGCGCCUAUCACCGGAGAUCCGCCCCGUGUGCUCGACAUUGGAACAGGAACAGGGAUUUGGGCUAUUGAGUACGCCAGGAGGCACCCCUUAUCUAAGGUCAUUGGUAGCGACCUAAGUCUCAUCCAACCAGACGUUUCGGCCGAAGUUCCUAACGUGUCCUUUGUACGAGAGGAUGUCGAGGACGAGUGGAUACACGACACGUCCUUUGACUUUAUUCAUCUGCGUCUGAUGUUCACGUGCUUCAUCAACCACAAAGAUGUUAUCCAAAAGGCAUUUGAUAACCUCAACCCUGGUGGUUGGAUCGAGUAUCAAGACUGCAGUUUCAAUAUUGAUUCCGACGACAACACUCAUCGCGGAACAGCGUUGCACCAAUGGGGACAUUUGGCAAUAGCUGGUGCCGCAGCCAAGGGCAGGGAUAUAGAAGCAGCUCGAAAGUACAAGCGCUACAUGGAGGAGAUAGGUUUCGUUGAUGUAGUGGAGAGACCCUUCAAGCUUUUUGGGAAUAGUUGGCCUCGAACCCAGCCGGAAAAGACAAUUGGGCGAUUCACCGAGGUAUCUGGCAAGGAAGUCAUCAGGUCUGUCUCGGCAAAGCUGCUGGGAGAGGGGCUGGGCAUUUCGGAAAACAAACUCCAAGAGAUCGUGGCCCAAUCUCAGAAGGAUGCUGUGAAUAGGAAAAUCCAUUUCUACUGGCCCGGUUACGUUGUGUAUGGGCGAAAGCCGGUUGACAAUAGGCCGGUCCCUCAUUCAGAGUAG